AUGGCUAAUGAAGACCGAUGGAACGACGCCGAAAGUGCCAGUCAACAAAGGAGCCGCUACACGUUAUUAGCGAUCCAGGCAGAUAGAGAGAUGCCAUUAUACCUCGUCAGAAAAGGCUCCACUAGAACGAAACCGCGAGUGGAAGCUUAUAGUCGGAAAUUGCAGCAUAUCCGCAGCGAAAGAGCAAGAUUAGUUGAUGAGGGCAUAAAUUACCAACUCGACAUUAUUGGAAUCUCGUCAACCAGACGCAAAGGCUCUGGAAUCCUAAACCAUUGCUGGUGUAAGAUAUCCUACUCAGGUGUCGACAUUACGAAGCGCGCUCAGGCCGAUGUUGGUGUUCAGGUAGAGUGUCAGCGGAAUGGUGGUAACCCUCUGACCGAAGAUGCAACAGUAUAA